GGCAUUUCGUGUAGUUCUGUCAUGGCCUCAAUGGAAAUGAGUCGUAGCCUUCCCAGGUCUCGCCGGGAUCCGGAGGGGCGAACCCCGCGACAAGACAAAUUUUCGGUGCUUUUACCCACCUACAACGAGCGCGAGAACCUGCCGCUCAUCGUGUGGCUGCUGGUGAAGAGCUUCACUGAGAGUGGCAUCAACUAUGAAAUUAUAAUCAUAGAUGAUGGAAGCCCAGAUGGAACAAGGGAAGUUGCUGAACAGUUGGAAAAGAUCUAUGGAUCAGACAAAAUUCUUCUAAGACCACGGGAGAAAAAGCUGGGACUAGGAACUGCCUAUAUUCAUGGAAUGAAACACGCCACAGGAAACUACAUAAUUAUCAUGGAUGCUGAUCUCUCACACCAUCCAAAAUUUAUUCCUGAAUUCAUUAGGAAACAAAAGGAGGGUAAUUUUGACAUCGUCUCUGGAACUCGAUACAAAGGAAAUGGAGGUGUCUAUGGCUGGGAUUUGAAAAGGAAGAUCAUCAGCCGGGGGGCCAAUUUUAUAACCCAGAUUUUGCUGAGACCAGGAGCAUCGGAUUUAACAGGAAGUUUCAGAUUAUACCGAAAAGAAGUCCUACAGAAAUUAAUAGAAAAAUGUGUUUCUAAGGGCUAUGUCUUUCAAAUGGAGAUGAUUGUCCGGGCGAGGCAGUUGAAUUACACUGUUGGCGAGGUUCCAAUAUCAUUUGUGGAUCGUGUUUAUGGUGAAUCCAAGUUGGGAGGAAAUGAAAUAGUCUCUUUCUUGAAAGGAUUACUGACUCUCUUUGCUACUACAUAAAAGAAAAUUACUCAUUUAUGUUUAUCAUGUUCAUGUCAAUUAAAACGUAAAAGAAGUCUAGUUUGAUGAUUUUUAUGAAAUGUAUUGUUAGAGCAUAAAUCAUAAGGUAAGGUAUAUUUCAUGUAAGUUUUUUUUUCUGGAAGAAACACCACUGUUUAAUAUUUCAAAAUUAAAGUAGAAAAAUGAGUUUUCUCAAUUUUCAUUUAUUUACCUUUCACUGUAUUAUGAUCGAUAAAUAAAUGUAUAUGAUUUUUCUGUGCA